UGGGGAAUUUUUGAUUUUGAGAAAAUGUCGGUAGUUAGGAGUUCUUUAGAGGAAAUGUUAGAUUCUUUGCAAAGAAAUGAAGAGUGCAAGAAUCCGGCAGAUACGCCGCCUGCAUUACCUGCACGGCCGGCGUCUAAGGCUCGUCUGCCUAAACGCCCUUUGUCGUCCAUGUUUGGUGUGUCACCGGAUAUUGGGCAAAAUGUUAAAAAUAAUAAUGUCAGUUUUGGCCGGAAAAAAGUAGCAUGUAGUGGCGAAUCACCUUACACUAUGCUAGAUACACAUGAGCAUAGAUUGGCGGAGAAUGGUCUUGCCGGUCUUGCCACCAGGUCUUCGUGCUCAUCGGAUUCCGGGUGGGAUAACAGCAUCGAGUACUAUAUUAAAAAGCAACUCCGAGUCUGGUGUCGGCUCCAGAAUGGGCAGUGGGAAUCAGGAAAGAUACAAUCGUCUGUAGGAGGAAAAGCAUCUGUUACACUUUUGGAUGGAACAGCCGUGACAGUGUCUACAGGAGAGCUCUUACCUGCAAAUGCAGAAAUUCUGGAUGGCGUUGACAAUCUUGUAGGACUUGGUUAUCUGAAUGAGCCGUCUGUUCUAUGUAAUCUCCAGUAUAGAUAUCAGCGUGAUGUGAUUUAUACUAUGGCAGGGCCUGUUUUGUUAGCAAUUAACCCCUUCAAAGAUGUCUCGAAUUCUGGAAGUGAUGCUAUUAUGGCUUAUAGGGAAAAGAUUUUGGACAGCCCUCAUGUAUAUGCUGUGGCCAAUGCUGUCUACAAUGAUAUGAUGAGAGAUGGUGUAAAUCAGACUAUCAUUAUCAGUGGAGAAAGUGGAGCUGGAAAGAGUGUAUCAGCAAAUUUAGCAAUAGAGUAUUUGAUAGAAGUUGGAGGCGAGGGUAGAGAGAUAGCAUGCAAAAUUCGUGAAACUGGUUGCAUACUUGAGGCUUUUGGGAAUGCAAAAACAUCGAGAAACAAAAAUUCUAGCCGAUUUGGGAAAUUAAUUGACAUUCAAUAUGAUGCUAGGGGCACAAUUCAGGGGGCAUAUAUUCAUACACUUCUUCUCGAAAAGUCAAGAAUAUCCCAACUUUGCCGAAGUGAACGAUCAUACCAUGUAUUUUACCAAAUGUGUGCUGGGGCCCCUUCUGAUAUGAGAGAUAAAUUGAAUCUAAGAAUGGCAAAUGAGUACAAGCUCCUCAACAAAAGUGGGUGCUUGAAAAUACAUGACGUCGAUGAUGCUCAAAAUUUUCAAAAGCUGAUGGAUGCCAUGAAUGCCCUUAGAAUUUCUCAUGAAGAUCAAGAGUGUAUCUUCAAGUUACUUGCUGCUGUUUUAUGGUUAGGGAAUAUAUCAUUUGAAGUAAUUGACCAUGAAAAUCAUGUUACAGUUGUGGCUGAUGAAGCUAGUAGAACUGCUGCUAAGUUGAUGGGUUGCAAGGUGGACGACCUCAUGGUGGCUCUAUCUACCAACAAUAGUCAAAGCUUGAUGUUGCAGCAGGCAAUCGAUACAAGAGACUCAAUGGCACAGUUUGUUUACACAAGCUUGUUCAACUGGCUUGUAGAAGCAAUUAAUACAUCACUUGAGGGAAGCAAAGAACAUAGCGGAAGGUCUAUAAGCAUUCUCGACACCUAUGGCUUUGAGUCUUUACAGAAAAAUAGCUUUGAACAACUGCUAAUAAACUACGCCGAUGAGAGGCUGCACCAGCACUUUGUUCGCCAUCUCUUUAAACUUGAACAAGAGGAGUACGAUUCAGAGGGCAUUGAGUGGAAAAAGGUAGACUUUAUAGACAACCAAGGUUGUUUAGAUAUCUUUGAGGAGAAAACUGAGGGGAUACUAUCUAUACUUGAAGAGGCUUCAAAUGCUUCUGAAGCCACAUUAUUGACCUUUGCCAGCAAGAUCAAACAGCACUUGAGUUCUGUUUUGUGUUUUAAUGACGAAAAGGGAACUUUUACGGUUCCUCAUUAUGCCGGGGAGGUUAAAUAUGAGAUGAAUGGGAUUUUGGAAAAGAACAGAGACACAUUGCAAUCUAAUAUCAUCGCAUUCCUCUUGUCAUGCUGCAAGACUUUUCUAACCAAUAAAGAUGUGUCUGAUCCAGAUAAACAAAGCAUUGGAAGUAGAUUUAAGGGUCAAUUGUUUAAGCUCAUUAGACUGUUGGAAAAGUCAAAUCCACACUUCAUUCGGUGCAUAAGACCAAAUGCUAAGCAACUUCAUGGAAUGUAUGAAAAAGAUAUUGUCUUACAACAACUCAGGUGCAGUGGAGUUUUGGAGACCAUAAAAAUCUCAAAAUCUCGAUAUCCUACACGUAUGAAACAUCAAGAAUUUGCUAGCAGGUUUGGUUGCCUUCUUGUGGACAAGAGUCUUUUUCAUGAUCCAUUAAGUACAUCGAUUGCUAUUCUGCAACAAUAUCAUGUCCUCCCAGAAAUGUACCAACUUGGAUAUACAAAAAUAUAUUUUCGUGCGGAACAAGUUAGCGAAUUGGAGAAAUUGAAAAAACAAGUUAUGCAAGGAGCAUGCAAGGUGGACAAAGGCAGAUCUGGGAGCAGGGUUAUUUGUGACUUUCAUGAACUAAUGUUGGGCAUAGUCACAUUGCAGUCAUUUGUUCGGGGUGAAAAUUCAAGAAGGAAAUGCAAUGUUUCAACAAAAACAAGUUAUCAGCCUACAUCAAAAUCACCUGAUAAUUUGAUAGCGGUUGUACAUAUACAGUCGGUUACCCGUGGGUGGUUAGCUCGAAGGUAUUUCAGUCAUCUGCUCAGGUGGAAGAAGUUAGAUCUUGACAGUCCAAAAACCAGGCAAACUUCUUGCAGUGAAGUUCCAGAAGACAAGGGUUUGGCACCAGAAAAUCUCCAACAUUUGCCGUCAAAGAUUGAAGACCUGCAUAAGCUAGUUUUAAGUACAAAAUUGUCCAUGAGCCAGAAAGAGCAAGAAAAUACAGCAUUGAGGGAGCAAGUCCGACAAUUUGAAGCACAGUGGUCAGAACAUGAAAUCAAAAUGAAGUCAGUGGAGGAAACAUGGCAAAGACAGAUGGCUUCUUUACAACAGAAGAGUCUGGCUGCAGCGAAGAAGAGUCUUGGUACAGAAGAAUCAGGGGAGGACAUAUCAGCAACCCAAAAUCCUGCUGGCAACAAUGGUGGUGUUUAUGACACGGUAGACCAUUUAUCCAAGGACUUUGAGCAAACGAGACAGAAUUUUGACAAUGAUGCAAAAGCCCUUGCUGAGCCAAAGUCAGUAAUGCCUUAUUCCAAGCAAAUAGAGGAAUUUAGAAAAGUAAAAGAGAGAUUUGAGAUGUGGAAGAAAGAAUACAAAAAUCGAUUACGGGAGACAAGGGCAAAACUGGUUAAGGGCUUAAAUAGGGAAGGAGGAAAGCAAUCAUGGUGGGGGAGGUUAAGCAAGAGAUACACUCCCACAUGAUUUUGCCAAUGACCGAAAUUGUAAAAUCUGUUAAGCCGAUCUUGUAUGCUCAAGUGUAAUUACAAGGAUACAGAAUGUGAUGCGUUGACUUGUCUAAGCCAAGUAGCCAACGGAUGAGUAAACAUGCUGAAUGCAAGGAAGCUGACUGGCCGGAUUUCCUAGCAGCUUGAAAUGCCAAAUAUGUUAAUAGGUUUAUGUUGUUUGUCUAGCAAAGCCUUUCUUUGAAAUCAUCACAUAUCAAAAUGUGAAGUGUUUUAAACUGUUUGGCAAUAUGGAUCCCAACUAUUAUUAUAGAUUAUAUAUAUAUAUAUAUAUAUAUGUCAAACUAUAGUGAAUUGUGAAAAACAGAUAUGAAAAAAAAUCUCUUCAUGUUAGGCA